GUCAGUAUAGUUGUCGUUGAGUCGUUUUCACAUCGUCUUUUGCCCGUUGUUGGUGUAUAAAAUUUUUUUCUGGUGUGUUGUGUGUUGUAUAUGAGAAUGGCCAUGCUUUUCUAGCGCCUUGUUUGCUGGCUUCAUUUAGUCGUUUAGUAACUGUUGCAUCGUUCGUUGUUGUGUGUGCGAUUAAAAGAUAUUGCUAGUAUAUUCGAAAGGUUUAUAUUCUUUUUUUUUUGUAGAUAUUAUAGCUUGAAGCUGAGAAGGUGUAUAUGUUAUUUUGGUUUUUUUUUUAUGUGUGUCGUCUCUCUCGUUCGACAGGUUCAAUUUUAAUCAAAUUUUUUGAAAAUCUCAUAUUUUUUAAAAAAAUUAAUUUAAUUUUUAAUGAAAAAUUAAAUUUAUUACCAAUUUGUGGGAAGUGAAUUUACUUAUGUAUUUAUUUUCGAAAUCGAAAAUUCUUCUUAUGACCGUUAUUUUCUGAAUACUUGGAACGAAAAAAAAAGAGCGCGUUCCCUGCAACAGCAAAAUCUUUUGUGUGUUGAGUGUUUUUAAUUAUUUUAAAAAAAUUUUAAGUGAAUAAUUAAAAUUUUUUAUGUGAAAUUUUUGUUCUUAGCAAAAAUUAAUUAAGGAAAAUAACACCCAAUUGUUUUUUUUUUCGAAAAAAUCCAGAUAAGACACAAAAAGUCGAUAAAAAAAAAAACAAGAUACUUCAUCCGUUUCCUCUUCAAAUUCAUCAUCAACAAAAUCAAAAUGGAACGUGGAUUAUACAAAAAUCGCUCCAAUUUGCAUAUAAAAACGACAGCAGCGUUGGUCCUCAUCAUUGUCUCAAUGUUAACAGAUCACAUUCAAGCAGCUGGAGUUGAUGUUGAACCAAAUACAGCAUUACUAAUCGAAGGACAAAAAACAGAACUUUUGUGCAGAUAUGGAAGACCAAUUAAUUAUUGCCGUAUUGAAAUACCCGGCGAGAAAGUACUUAAUUUAUCACCGUUAUGGAGUAAAACCCCUGGAUUCUCAUACUAUGGUACUGGUUUGGAUAAUGGGCAGUGUGGUGUUACAAUUGAUAGGGUCAGUGCUUCGCACAAUGGCAAAGUCAAGUGUAGUCUGGGUUUUGAAGGAGAAGAAUAUGAAGGAAAUAUCGAUUUGGUUGUUGCGUUGCGACCACACCAGCCCGUAAUUGAAUUGCUAUCCAAGCCCGAUCAGGAUGAAGCUUUUGCAGCCGAAAGCAAAUUCGCUGCACGUUGUAUUGUUCGUGAUGGUCGACCAGCUGCGAACAUUACUUGGUUUGUUGAUGACUUACCCAUUUACCAAGGCCUCAAUCCACCAGAGGUGAUUGAAUCCCAAAGUGACAAAAAUGUCACCCUCUCGACCACAGCACAAUUAUUGCAGAAAUACUUAACGCCCGAGGACGAUGGCAAAAUGCUAAUUUGUCGCGCCCACCAUCAAACCGACCGUGAACAGCCACAGGAGGGUAAAUUUUUACUCAAAGUCAGAUAUGCCCCAGUUCCACAACCCGAGACAACUGUUUAUGGCCUUUACCUGGAACAUACUGCCAUGGUCAAUAUUACAAUUCGAGCCAAUCCGACGCCCAUCACCGAAUGGACCAUCGAAGGUAUUGCCAUUCCGCAAGGCACCCAAAGCGGACGUUAUUCAGCCUACGAGCCAGUUCAACUAGGCAAUGGAUAUUACAAUGUUACACUAGCCAUUGCCGGUCUCACACUACAGGAUACAACGAAAACUUACAACCUCAAGGCCUCAAAUGCAUUCGGUGUACGAGAAUAUUCAGUGAGGAUAAGUUCGUCGGCAACACCACCCAGUUCGGGACUCGAUGUUGGAUCGAUUGUUGGCAUUGCUGUGGCAGUUGCUAUUCUUGUAAUUAUUGUUCUGUUGAUUGGAUUCGCUCGAGCUACAGGACGUUGGUGUUUCGGAGGAAAAAAAUCCAGAUCUCCUACCAGUGAAACUAGCGACACAGAGAGUGCCGACAUUAAGACUGAGACAAAGUCACAUGCUGCCAAAUCUCAAAGAUUACCAUCAUUUUCAUCGUUAUUCAUGAGAAGGAAUGAAAAAUCCAAAAAGGAUUCAACUUUGGCAUCAGAUCAACCUGGAACAACUAACACAGGGACCAACAGCACUACCACAGAUAAUGCCGAGGAUUUGCUGGGUGAAUCGAAUAAGGCGAUGACAGCAUCAACUGGGGAGGUUGCUAUCGGUGGUAUAAAAGCCCCAGAGGAUUCAACAGCAACAGCGCCAUCAACUACAACAGGGACGACGACGACGACAACAACAACGGUGGCUGGAAAGGACAACGCACCAAAGGAAGACAAACAACUUGUGUACGCCGAAUUGGUAUUGAAACCAUCAGAUAAUAACCCACCGAUGCCAUCGUCGAAGAAUUCAACCGAAUAUGCUGAAAUUGUCUACGUACAAAAACCAACACCUGGAACAGCAGCUGUAGCAGCAACAACAGCGGAAAAAAUCGAUUCAAAAGGAAAGAAAUAAUUUUCCAAACAAAACAAAAAAUAAUGAAAAAAAAAAUCUCAGAGAGUGUGUUAUCCUUUAUCAAGAGGCAUAAUAAUAAUAAUUUUUAAUAAUAAAAAAAAAAAAUAUGCGAUAUUUCCAUGUCGAUUGUAAUUAAGUUUUAAAUUUUUAAUUUCCUCUUCUCACAGACAGAAAAUUCCCACUAAUGGGUCAUUAAAGACGAACAAUAUUUUAUUCCUUUUUUGUAAUAUUAAAUUUAUAUUUUCAAUAAAAAAACAGCUUGAUAUAAGCUCAUAAAGAACUUUAUCAUUACACCAGCACUUAAGUAAUAUACGCACAUUUUUUUAAUAUACCUACACAUAUACAUCAUUUUAAUU